UGUGACUGGAUCCCACUGUGACCCAGCGGACCAGGGAAGUGAAAGCAUCUUGGAACCAGAGGGAGAUCUAGCAGGUCAUCACUUUACAAACCACCAGACAGACGGGCGACCGCCGGAGAGGACUGACAUCCCCGAACCCAACCGAGUCAUUCUUCCGGAGCCACUGCUUGCCCUCUCGGAUUCCUCUGGCUCCAUAGCCCGAGCUUUCUUUCGGUUUUGUCAAGCAGUCUUUGCUGUCCCCACGACUGGCAACUGGUGAAGGAGCUCCGCCUUCGGGGAUUCCCCGACGUGGGAGCUAGGUGCUGCCCAGGCUCCUGGUACUGACCCUACGGACGGUCGGUUCGGGGCGGCGCGCGGGGAGCAGCGGCACCUCCACCGCGCGCCCUCUCCCCGCCUGAGCUUGGCACCGAGGGCAGCACCUCCGCAGAACCUCGGGCAGCCAGGGAAUCAGCUGGAUGUCGGCUAAGUGGCCAGGCAGCAACAAGCUCCGCUAAGCCCGGAGAUGAGGCAGGGCUUCGGACCCCUGCCCCUAGCGCUCUUUCUCUACUUGCUGGCUCUGCUGACCCCACCAGGUGAUGGCAACCAGGGGAGUGUCACUGGAAGCUGUUUCUGUACAAAAGAUAUUCCUCCUGACACACUGGUACCGACUACUAGCUUGGAUUUUAUCCGACAACGCCUGCGAACAUACGAUCGCUGUCCAGGACGCAUCAGGUUCCGGUUAAUGACAUCCUACACUGUGUGUGGGGACAGCCGAGAACAGUGGGUCCUUGAUUUGGUAAAAUGCGUUGACAGCAAAGAGUGUGGAAAUGGCCAUGGGAAGAGCCAGCACCACCAGGAGCAUCCGCCUCACGCUAGCACCCGGAUCCCCAUGGCCACCAAGGGGACACCUCCAGCCACAAGCACCCCUGAACAGAUGCAGAGCACCCAGCAGUCCACUUUCCCAUCUGGAGCACUGUCUUUGAACAAAGGGGUCACCCGCCACAGUGAGACCACCGCUCUCACCUCAGGCUAUGACCCGGAAGCUAGACCGGAGGCUGAGGCAAAUAAAAAACAGCAAGAGGACAAACAGCAAGAAGGAAAACCAGGAGCUUCAGCUGGCAAAGCAGCCUUGGUGCCAGUGCUGUCCCUCCUGGCCAUCGUUUUCCUCCUCACGGCAGCCAUGGCCUAUGUGCUGUGCAGCAGGAGAGACGGGCAGCAGGGAGCUGCAGAUCUGCAGCUCCAUUAUACACUUGUGAACUCUGGCGCCUGAAGCAGGACUGGGGCUUUGGAGAGAAGACGCGGGAGAGAGAUGGCAGGCUGGGCUCCAUCAGUGACCGAGACCUUCGCUCAUUCUUUCACGUCAUAAGCCUGGGCAGCUUUGAGCUGCUGAUUCUCUGCCUCUCCCUCCUAGGCUCUGGGAUUGCAGACACACACCACAUCUGCCCUAAUGCUGUACAUAACACAUUUAGAACUUUGCUUAGGGAGGAUCAUACUUAGUCCAAAUUGGCCUCAAAUUCCCUAUGUGUCUGAGGAUGACUACUGAGUCUCCUGCCUCCACUUCCAUAGUGCUGGAUUACACACUUGCUAAACACUUUUUUAAAUGAUUUAUUUAACUUUAUGUUCAUUGGUGUGAAGGUGUCAGAUCUAGUGGAGCUGCAUUUUCAGGCAGUUGUAAGCUGCCAUGUGGGUGCUGGGAAUUGAACCCGGGUCCUCUG